AUGAAAAAGCAUAAGGAGAGUUCAAAACGCGAGAUGUUAGAAGGUGCAAAAUCAAUGGGUGCCGGAGCUGCUAUAAUUGCUUCAGCGGGAGCUACUAUCGAUAUUGGAAAUGUCCUUAGUUUCUCGAUUUAUUCCAUGGUGCGAAAUUCAUCAUUGGCAAAACAAUUAUUUAGUUAUGCUAUUUUGAGCUUUGCUCUAACCGAAGCUAUUGCAUCAUUUGCCCCAAUAAUGGACUUUUUGAUCUCAUUCGUAUUCCAAAUUUGUUAGUAAUCAUUUACGGUGGGUGGAUAAGCAGGAGGGGAUCCCUGUGGUUAGACUAACUAUCCGAUUAGGCUACCGAGGUUCCUGCUAUGGUGAAGUGAAAGAUCUUUCACUAUAGUGCGAAGAAGACAGGUGGGACCAAGCCGAGUGAGAGCAAAGCAAGUUUCAGUGAUGGGCUGUCUUCGCGGUCCCAUU